AUGAAGACUGUUAGAACCAUAUCUUUUCUUGUUUUCUUCAGCUACAUUAAAUGUCAGACUCUUCAGAGAAGUUUACUAGAUGCAGCCAUGCAGCACACUAAUAGCCAGAAUUAUCUAGAGGAGAACUUAAGAGCUGUCACUAGUAUUAUGGUUGCACAGUUUCUUCAGAAAUUGACUUAUGAAAAAGUACAAACCAUAGUUAAAGAAUUGCUAGAUCUUUCAGAGAAGUGCAAGAGCCUCAAGCCAAAUGAAUCACCUUCAGAAUGUUGUCACCAAUUGAUGACUACCUUCCUAGAGCAUAUUUGCAAUAACCAAGGGUUGGCUGACCGACAUGUAUUUUCUGACUGUUGCAAUACAAAUAACUCAGCAAGACAUAAGUGCUUCCUAUCAUACAAAAAGGAUGUUGCAGGUUACAGUGAUAUAUUCCAAAUUUCAAAUCCUGAGCAGAUCUGUGAGAUGGACAAAGAGAAUCAAGUGCCAGUGAAAGAGAAGUUCAUUUAUGAAACUUCUAGGAAGCAUCCAUUCUUGUACGGACCCACUAUUCUGACCAUGUCUGCUUGCUAUGAAACAGCUGUUCAGUCUUGUUGCCGAGAAGAAAAUAAGACUAAAUGCUUCCAGAUAAAGCUAGAACCCAUCAGAAAAUAUGUUAGAGAAAUAUCUUCGAGGCAUCACCACUUAUGUGAGAUUGGGAUUAAAUUCAACCACAAAGUAGCAAAAGCAGUGGAAUUGGUUCUGUUGACUAAAAAACAACCUAAAGCUAACUUUUCUGAAAUUGCCAAACUGGCCAUGGAUAUUAAAAAUCUGCAUCAUAUCUGUUGUGAAGGAAAUGCAGUAGCGUGUGUGCUUGGCAGAAGCCAGCUUAUGAACUAUACCUGCUCUAAGCAGGCUACACUAUCCAGCAAGAUCACUCCAUGCUGUGAACUGCCAGAACCAUUCCGAGGGGAAUGCAUUAUCAACUCAGAAAAUGACAAACCUGAUCUCUCAUCCCUGCCACUUAGCAGGUUUACAGAAGACCAGUUUGUAUGCAAACAAUUCACUGACAAACAAGAUGACUUCCUACAAGAGUUUCUUUAUGAAUAUUCAAGAAGACAUCCAGAGUUGGCAGUUCCAGUGAUUUUAAGAGUGGAUACAGUAUAUCAAAACUUGCUGGGAAAAUGCUGUAAAUUAGAAAAUCCUCUGGAAUGCUAUAGUCAUGGGGAAGAGAUGUUUCAAAGAGUGGUUCAUGAAAGCCAUGAGCAUGUGAAAAAUCAGUGUGAUUUACAUGAGAAAUUAGGAGAUAGUGACUUCCAUGACAGGCUCAUAGUCCUUUAUACUAAGAAAGCCCCACAACUGUCUGCUCAGGAGUUGGUUAUAUUCACGAAGAACAUGGCAGCUGCUGCCACCAAAUGUUGCCCACUGAAUGAUGAGCAACAGUUUGUUUGCAUGGAGAACUCGGCAAAGCUAAUUCUUGGAGCUUUAUGCAGAAGACAUGAGGCAGAGCCUAUCAAUGCUGGCGUGGGUCACUGCUGUGAUGACUCGUAUGCCUUCAGGAAGCCUUGCUUUGAUGAUCUGCAAGUAGAUGGAACUUACAUUUCUCCACAUUUAUCCUGUGACCAAGUCGUCAACCUUAAUGAGGACUUGUGCAGAGCUCAGGAGGAGGAAUUACAAACCGAAAAGCAAAAACUCCUCAGCAACCUUGUGAAGCAGGAACCAUAUGCAGCAGAGAUGCAGUUCCAAUCAGUUAUUGUGGAUUUUGCUCACCUGGUGGAGAUGUGCUGUCAAACAGAGAAAAGUGAAAUGUGUCUCCAAGAAGAGGGGUCCAAACUGAUCAAAAAGUGCCAGUCUCUUUUGGGAGGCUAA